UAAGGGCUCCAACAAAAUUUUUUCCGCCCCCCGAACCCUCCCCGGAACCCUCGCGGCGGAUUCCGAAAAAUCCGACCCCUCUCUCCCUCAAUCUCCGAUCUCACCUCCUCCAUCUCCGUUCGAUUCGUCGCCGCAGCAAUUCUCUAGCAAGUUGUUUUUCCUUCCAGGAUGUUUAUUCUCAAGAUCAAGGUUUAUAAUUUGCCUAUGUGAGCAUAUGCCUUUCAACGUGCAAUAAGUACAACGUUGUCCAUCUGUUCAGGUGACUAGGCUAGACAUCUGUUCAGGUGACAUGUUGAUCGAAAGCACUCUUCCUGAUUCUCUGAGCACAACGUUGUCCAUUACGAAACAAGAGAACAUGGAUUCAUCUUACGAUUGGCCACACUUUACUAAAACUUGGCAGUUGUGCUCGAGCUGUGAGGAAUGCCCUUCAGAGAGCUGCAGAGAAUGUCUUGAUCAUAGAACAGAAGAAAACCAAUUACUUAAAUGCAAGGUUCUUGAAUUGUCGACAUGUUCUGAUAUAUCAAGUCCACUGCCUAAGAGGGAUGGCUUUGUCUACAAAAGAAGGAAAUUGCAGUAUAACGGUGUUGCCCUUUUAUCGGAAGAAAAUACAGACGGAUUUUCUAAAGAAAGUGGUGCCUAUUAUUCGAGAAUAACUUCCAAAGACCAAAAUUCAGCAGUGAGGGCUAAUAAUGAUAAGGAUGGAUGUUCUGCUGUAGAAGGUAAAUGUGGGAAAAAUGAAAGGUACCUAUCACCAAAAGAUAAUACCAAUGUUUCUUCAUGUAACAAUGGGGUGAAGGAUACUGGCGAGUGCUCCUCUUCUGGAAAUGCUAUUGCUAAUUUAGUGUUGGAUGAGCUCAUUUCAGAGAGAGAAUUAUGCAUCUCAGUACUUAAAAAUCAUGGCUUGCUCGGCAGUGUAUGUGAAAAAAAGGAAUUGGCUUCUUUAGAAUUUCUUGGAAGCGACGACCCAAAUUCAUUUUUAAAAUGCAAAACUUGUGGUCAUUCAGAAAAUCCAUUGAAGAUGUUAAUUUGUGACCUUUGUGAGGAAGCAUUUCAUGUCACUUGCUGCAGCCCAAGAGUCAAGAAGUUACGAAAUGUUGAGUGGUACUGUCAACCGUGUUCUAGAAGUAAAGAAACAGUUUCAUCCUGUAUCACAGGCACAACUCCCGAGGAAGAAAAAAAUGUGUCUUAUGGGGAUUUGGGUCCGCUUUUAGCCAUGUUGAGAGAUAGCCGGCCUCAUAUAUCCCGUGUUCGAAUCGGUAAAGCUUUCCAAGUAGAAGUUCCUGCAUGGUCCGGUCCAAUUGCUGAUGAUUCCGAUUCUGUUCUAGAAUUCUCCCUCCUGGAUUCACCCGAAUGUGCUAGUCUGGAUUGUUGGAAUAAUUAUAAGCCACAAAAAACAACAUCUAUUGGUAAUUGGAUUCAAUGUCAAGACGUCUUAUAUACAAGUGACAGCAAUGAGGGAACUAUAUGUGGGAAGUGGCGCAGGGCUCCUCUUUUCGUAGUUCAAACUGAUGAAUGGGACUGUUCCUGUGCUUUGCCUUGGGAUCCAUUUCAUGCUGAUUGUGCAGUCCCUCAGGAGGUUGAAACUGAAGUUGUCCUCAAGCAUCUAAAGUACAUAGAGAUGCUAAGGCCGCGCCUGGCUAACACCAAGCAGAACAGCCAAGCCAGAAGCAACAGCUCUGAGCAGAAACCGUAAAUUCAUAAUCAUGAUGGAAGGUGGUCAUCAACCCUGAAUCUUGCCGUGCCGUGCUGUGCCGUGCAUUCUGUACAAAUUUAUGUUGUAAUUCUGAAUAUGCACUUUUUUACAAGUCGGAGCAUCACCCGCUUGCAUUUAUUUGAGCGACGAGUGCAUUUCUUGAUGGCAUUUGCGAGCAUAUUAAACAAAACUGGAAACAUAUUACCAUUCAUGUGCUUGCUUUCUUGUGGGAGGGAAUUUGGCGAUAAGCAUUAGUAAAUGUUGUAUCCGUCUCAGUUCUCAGGUGUUGUGUCGACGGCUGAGCGGAAAAAUGAAACAAAAGAUGGAAGUAAUUCGAGCAAUUUUGAGUGUUGAAAUUUGUGCUUGUGUUUUUUCUUUUUCUUUUUUUUUUUCUGAACUAUUCUGUUCAUGCUUCAGAUUCAUUGUAAGAUCUUGAUGAUUUGCUGCGCUCGAAGAUUUUUGUGUUGUUAUUAGCAGUGCUAAUCAUUCA